ACUUCCCCAUUCAAAAUGGCGGAAUAUGUCGGUCUAGAUCUAGGAUCUGGACUAGAUCUAGAAUCUAGAUCUAAAUCUAGUCUCUGAUUGUCGUUGUAAACCCGUGGAUAUCUAAACCGCUGUCAUAGUCUUUGAAUUGGAGAUCCAAGUGAACAGCAUCAAAAUUCAUCUAGGCCAGCGGAGCUGUAAGAUAAAAUGUAGGUGCAGUUCAUCGACUGAUAAAGGAAACACUGAGUAAAAUAAGCAUGGAGUUCCGAGAUUUACUGGAGAUCCACCGCACUAGACUCCAAGAAAAUGUUGAUCCUGACAAACUGUACCAAGCCCUGGAGCAGGAUAAAGCAAUAAGUGGUGAGGAGAUCUUACAACUAGAAACUCUGCCUACUAAGUCUGCUCAGGUGGGCAAACUACUGGAUCUAUUGCUAACCAAAGACAACUCUGCACUGCAAAGUUUUUACUUGGCACUGCAGAACAUGUACCAGCCACUUCUCACAGCUAUGUAUGAGGAGCCAGUAGGGACACAACAAGAAUCCUUUUCCCCAUCUGUAACAUCUGACUCAGAAGAUGAUGUUGGUCGUGGACAGGUUGCUACAAGUGCUCGACUUCAAGAAUUUUCAAACAGAUCCAAAAUGACGAAGAUAAUUCCAUCGCACCAGUAUGACCCUAACAGUACUGUGAGCAGUAGCUACCCUACGUUUAGAGAUCACUCAAGUCCUUUAUCUACAAGUAUGGAUCAUAAUUCAGCAAGUCUAGCUUCACUCUAUGACACUUAUGGUGUACCAAGACAUGGCUACCAAGAUCGUUAUUAUGACUGGUUUUUUAAGCAGUUUGAGUGUGCCUUUAAGGAACUGCAAGUCCUAAAGCAACAGAAUGCUGAAAUGAUGGGCAUGAGAGAGCGCUAUGAUCAGGUAACAAAAGAAGUGAAACACCUGCGAGGUAUGUAUCAAAGUGAAUCCCAGUGUCUGCAGAGAGCUACAGCUGAAAUUGACUCAUUGAAGGCUCAACAGGGGGAACUUGUGUCUGAGAAAAAGCAUCUAUUGGAUGAAGUGGCAGAGCUACAGAAGCUCAGGGCUGAGGACAAGCAGGAGCUCUCACAGUUACGGCACCAGCAGAAAAAGGCUAGCAGCGAAGAUGCUAUGGGUGAGAUGUAUGCGUCCAUGGUUGAGAAAUAUGAAACACUUGACAAGGAUUAUGACAUGCUGAGAGAGAAAUACUCCCAGCUGGCUGGCAGUCACAGUGCUGCCCUGAGCCGAUUGGAUGGGCUGACAGAAGAGAUGAUGGCUCUGAGGGCCCAACUGGAGGAUCAACAGAACAAGAAUGAUGCCCUAACCCAGGAGAGGAAUGGCCUGAAGCAACAGUGUACAAAUGCUAUCAGAGAGUGGAACCAGACUCUGUACAACCUGGGUCAGAUGAAGGAAAAGUUGAGUCUGGUCAUCAAGCAGCGAGAUGAUUUCUGUACUGAUUUCAACCAGACCUUUGCCAAACAUGCUGAGUUAAAGAAAAGCUUUGAGGCUCUUAGGGCAGAGAAGGAUGCAGCAGUCAAGGAAUAUGCUUUAGUCAUGUCUGAGAGGGACACUGUUCAUAAAGAAAUUGAACAACUCCAAGAUAAGCUGAAUGCUGUAGGAAAGCAUGCAGAGAAAUUGAGCAUAGAAAAAAAAACUCUAGAGGUGGAGCUCGAGUCAGUCAGGCAUGACAUGAGCACUGUUUUAACUGAAAGAGACAAGUACAGGCGGGAAAGAAAUGACAUGAGUGGCAUCAACCAGCAGGGCCUGAAACACGAACGUUUGGACUUUCAGAAACGCAUGGAGCAACAGAGAGACUUGGCCAGGAAAGAGAGGAAUGAAGCAUAUGAACAGAUGGAACACAUGGAACAGCUCAUUAAGGAGAACUAUGAGAAGACACAAAAGGAGAGGGCUCAAGAGGUGGAAAACAUUUUGAAAGAUUCGGAGAAUCUCAAGAAGCAGUUAGAGAAGUUAAAAGUUGACCUUGAUAAUGCUGAGCAAGAAGCAGAGAAUGCCAAUAAAAACCGAGAUAAAGCCUUCAGUGAGAGGGACAAAAUAGUUCAAGAGAGAGAAAGUAUUCGCAGCCUCUGUGACAACUUGAGACGGGACAGGGAUCGGGCAGUCAGCGACCUGGCCCAAGCUCUCAGAGACUCAGAUGAGUUCAAAAGACAGAAAAAUGAGGCAGUUAAGGAGCUCAAAGAAAUCAAAAAUGGAUAUGAAACAAUGGGCGACAAUAGGCGUCAACACCUCCAUUAUAUUGGACAUAACCAUAGCCGAGAUUCUGCAAUAGAUGCUGACUUACAAGAACUGGGCACUGAGACUGUGGAGAUUCCCAUUGAACUGCACUGUGCAGGAAGUGAAGAGCUGGGCUUUGAUGUGAUAGGGGGCAAGGAAGACCCCCAGUUUGACAAUGAUCCAUCAUUGAUAGUCAGUCAUGUGACCAAAGGAGGAGCAGCAGAGGGUAAGCUUAAAGUCAAUGACACUGUCCUCAGGAUCAACAGUCUAGAGACCAUCAAUGUGGACAAAAGGACAGCUCUUCAGGCCAUUAGAAGAAGUGCUGGUGCCAUUCACCUGGUUGUGAGGAGGAGAAAGACAACAAGGACCUGGCAACCUGUCCAGAUUGUUCUGGCUUGCCAAAAAGAAGCUGGCAUUCAAAUAGAACAAGGUUUAUUCAUCAGCGGUAUUUGUCCUGGUGGGUUGGUGGCCAAGUAUGGAGUCUUGCCUUGCAUUGGUGAUAGGAUUAUUCAUAUCAACAAGAUGCCAGCGGAAAGCUUGAGUGCCCGUGAUGCUAUGAGAAUCUUAGAAAGCUCCACAGAUCCCCUAGUCCUAGAAGUCUGGAGACAGGCAUCACCUUUAAGCUCUGCUGGCUCUUCUCCCACCCCCACUUGUACUGGCAUCAACUCCCCACUGCCAGAUGGCAGCUCCAUAAGCAAGUCUGACAGUCUGGCCAUGCAGGGCUGUUCAUGGGAAACAGCUUGUCACGUUAACCUUGAGGGCAGCAAAAACCUGCGCAGCAGUGGUUCACAGACAGACAGCCUGGACAGUCCUGGCAAACAGGAGCAGGAGAAGACCAGGCACAGUUUACCUAUGUUAGACAGGGCCAAGGAGAAAGUGGAGAACUUUUUCCGCCCUAGGCCAAAGAGUCAGGAGAGGGAGCUUGUUGAGGAGGACUGUGGUACCCAGAUCAACCUGCGCAGCACAGAGAGUGUCAUCGCACAGUUCCCUGACAGCACAGCCAGAGCUGACAUGACUUCUUCAAAGUCACCUCGCAAAGAAUUGGACUUUGAAACCAAUAGUGGUACCUGGCCUAAAACAAGAGGUCAGCAGAUGGACAGCACAUGUGUCCACCCAACUGUCAUCUGUGCACCAGGUCAUAAACCUGUGAAAGAAAGACCAAGUAUUCGGGAUGUGUUCUAUGGUGGGCCAGACUUUCAUAGACCUGUCUCGUCCAGUGGACAUCACCAUGACUACCAGAGUUCUGCCUUCUCUCCCACCAUGUCCUCCAACAGCCAAGCACAACAUGCCCCACACAGCACACAGUACACACCAUUCAGCAUUCCAGUGUCUUUGAAAUCUCAUUUCUCAGUGGGUGUCAUGCAUGGCCCUGGGACACCCCCCCACACCUCUGUUGUAACAAGUGGAGGACCAUCAGUGUUUCCUAAGCCUGCUCAAGUCUACAGCAGCCUGCAGGCAGGCACCCUGCCAUCACAGGGGAUCGCCCAACGGGGCAGUUUGAUUUCUGCCCAUGCAGGGGUUAGCCCAACAAGUACUGUGCCACAAGACUUUAGGUUUGACCCUACCACACACAGAGUUCCUCCAAAAACUCAACAUAGAAAAUCUCGCGGGCCAACAUCAGCCCACAAACCUGCACUAGCACCAGCCUGUAAUACUAGCAGCCUUCACUGGCAGACACCAGCGCCCAUCCACUGGCCAACACCUGCUGCAGAGUCCAGUGGCCAACGUCCUGUCAGUGGGUCACAGUCCAGCUAUUAUGUUGUCAGUCCCCCUCCAUACGGCAUGAGGCCAACAUCGCUGGAGGUCCAUCCUUCAAUGAAGAUCUCUGAGUUUGAUUUGUGCAGUGGACAUCACCAGACAUCCCCAGCAGACUGGCGACCAGCAAGUUAUCAUCCUUCAGUCUCAACUCCCCUCCAGCAUGCAGCUCUAGCAUCUCUUGGUACAUUCCCUGGCAUCAGUCAGUCUGACAUGGAGCAGGAGAAACACUUGUCUUUCACUAGGUCACCUAAUGACCGCUACAGUUCACCAAGUCCAUCUCAAAAGAGCUGUAGCACCUUGGAGCGCUUCACUCCCAGCAUCAGUGAAGAGCACUUUCCUAGCCGUUAUUCACGAACUUCUCCACAUGGCCGAACUUUUCUUGAUGAUGACAUUCGUCAGGCAGCCAAAAGGGACAAAGUGUUUGAGCGUAUCCGCAUCCCAUCCAGUACAAGUGUCAAUACAAAGUCUGGCUCUGUAGAAAUAGUAUCUGACAGAAGCAGCCCAGGCUCUCCUUUGUUCCACAUUGAGAAAAGAAACUCUGUCAAAUACAAUGGUUCACCCAAUAGUGAUGACUGCUGUUACAGAAGAAAAAUCCCAUGCCAUCAUGAGACGAGGGACAUUACAUUUGAGAAGAGCUCUAAACCCGUUGGCUUUAAAAUCCAGAGAGGUCCUUCAGGGGGGAUCUUUGUCUCAUCUGUGUAUGAGAAUAGUUUGGCAGAUCUUGCUGGUCUAGUCAUUGGAGACCAACUGCUUGAGGUGUGUGGAAUCAACAUGAGAAAUGCCAAUUAUGAGCAUGCUGUGACUGUGCUGAGGCAGUGUGGAGACAAUCUGACCAUGAAGGUCCAAUACAACCCAGAAAAGUAUACUGACCAUCAGGAUGUGUCCAGCAGUGCAACAUCCAUCAACUCCUCCAGCAUGGCUCCACCACACUCAGCAACUCCAUCACGUCAGGCUAGUCCCAAUAAAACUUAUGGGUCUGGGGACGCUGACAUUCGACGCUAUAUUAGCCUCAAGAAGAGUAAUCCCAGUUUGAUUGGACCAGGUUUCUCCUUUAUUGGAGGCAAUGCAGUGGGUAUUUUCAUUGAAGAAGUCUACUUAGAUUGUUUUGUGGGCAGCACCACUUCACUACAGAGAGGAGAUCAACUCUUGGAGUUCAACUCUGUAGAUUUCCGUAGUGUGACAGCUGAGAAAGCAAUGAUUGAGCUCAACCGGCCUUGUGCUACCUUGCAACUUUGUGUUUUUUACAACAUGGCUAAGUACAAAAAGAUCCAGCAUGGGCCCUGUGACAGCUUUUAUAUUCGAGCCAACUUUGAGCGCACCAGUGAAAGAGAAGAGGAGCUGAGUUUCCACAAGGACGAUAUCCUGUACGUAGAGAACAGCUUGUACAAGCAGCAGCUGGGGACCUGGUAUGCCUGGCUAGUCAAUGACCAAGGCAACAAAGUCAAGGCUGGCAUCAUUCCAAGUCGUAUCAGGCUGGAAGAUGAAAUGGUGUUACGUAGAACUCAUUCUGAGAGUUGGAGCUUACAUGAGUCUGAUGACAUCAAGAACUCAAGGCGAGGUUCUGGUUCUGCCAGGAGAAGCUUUUUUAGGAGAAAGCGUCACCAUCGCAAUAACUCCAGGGAUAGUCAUGAUUUUGGAUCAUUCUCAGAUGCUUCUUUAAACAGUGACUCCGUGCCUGUUCUUGAUGACUCAAUCCUUGGAUACACUCAAGUGGAGAAAAAAGAAUUCAAGUCUGUUCGACCUGUGGUUCUCCUAGCUCCCUUAGCUGAAGCUCUGAGUUUGAAAUUAGAAUCUGAGUCACCAGACAAAUAUAAAUAUUGUGAACCAACUCCUAUGAAAACUUCUCCUGCUACUAUGGAGCAGUCCCUGGCAGAGGGGGUCCUGGUUGACUACUGGAGGAAAGAUGACAUGUACCUCUGUAUUAGGGCAUCAGCUGUCAGAGAAAUCUGUGACAAG